AUGAACGUGAUUCCGGCAUGGCGGGAAGGCGUCACAGGACGUGGUGUCGUGGUUACCAUUUUGGACGACGGCCUAGAAACAGAUCAUCCAGAUUUAAUCGCUAAUUACGAUCCUAUGGCCUCAUACGACGUGAAUUCGCACGAUUCGGACCCUCAACCACGUUACGACAUGAUAGAUUCGAACAGGCAUGGAAAGAGGUGCGCGGGCGUGGUCGCUGCCACCGCCAAUAAUUCACUUUGUGCUGUCGGCGUUGCUUAUGGUGCUAGUGUUGGAGGUGUGCGAAUGAUGGACGGUGACGUGACCGAUGCGGUGGAAGCGAGAUCUCUAAGCCUCAACCCCCAGCAUGUAGAUAUCUACAAUGCAUCUUGGGGGCCAGACGAUGACGGAAAAACUGUGGAUGGUCCCGGAGAGCUAGCCACAAGGGCAUUUAUUGAAGGUGUUACAAAGGGCCGAAACGGCAAAGGCUCAAUAUUUGUUUGGGCGUCGGGUAAUGGUGGGCGGGAGCACGAUAAUUGCAACUGCGAUGGCUAUACAAAUUCCAUCUGGACGCUAUCGAUUUCGUCGGCGACGGAGCGAGGCGAGGUGCCUUGGUACUCAGAAAUAUGCAGUUCCACAUUAGCUGCGACGUAUAGCAGCGGAGCUAUUAAUGAAAAACAGGUAAAUUCUUUAAAUUUUAGAUCAUUUCUGUUGUAUAAGUCGUAG